CAUUGAUGCUAGGAAACAAGAUGUUUCGCACAUGAGUUCUGAACGUUGUCUAAUCGAUUAAAAAUAUCCAGGUUACUGAUAAAUCAGUGAUAAUAACAGUGGAGGGAAACAUUCUGAAGGAAGCAAGAGACAUCAGGAGGCAUUUGGUGGAACCCGUGAUGAGGCUGAAUCUGUGGCUUCUGGCUGUCUGCCUGCUGUCACUGACUCGCACCACUGCGGGAUCCAUUUUGGGUGCAGCUGUCAAUAUUGAAUUGCUUGAUCAAGACAGAUCACAGCAGGUCAGGGCUCAUUACAGUCUGGUGUCCAGCUUGCCCUGUCCAGCGCUGGAUGAGCUGUGUAAUGAAGUGAACUGCGUCGAUCAGCUUAGCUCAUCUCCAGUGAAAGGAGUUUUACCUUCACCAGGCUGGUGCCUCCGUCAGUGGCAGAAAAACAUCCCCCAAAACCACACCUCUACUCUUCAGCUCAGAUCUGAUGGAGCUGUUUCACUAUAUUCAAGAGCAGAUCUCUCUGUCAGAUCGGACACUAACGGUAUUAACCAGCCUCCAUAUGUGUCGCUACCUCCUCCAGUCAGGUUACAAGCUGGUUGUCCUCAAGAAAUCCCGGUGAAUGUGAUGGAUUUGGAUGGAGAUGAGAUUCGCUGUCGUUAUGAGAAGACUGGCCUUGGUGAAUUUAUGCAGCUUAAUGAAGAGAAGUGUACACUGUUGUAUGAAGGUGGAGCGUAUUUGGGUCAGUAUUCAAUACAGAUCAUGGUGGAGGAUUUUCCUUCAUCUGUAAAGAACCAGAUUCACAACGAGGCAAAGCCUUUCUCCACUGUAUCUGUGCAUCUCUUAAUAACAGUUGAAAGUGGAUCAGGCUGCUCCGCUGUGCCAGAGUUCACAGGUGAAAGUCCAGCAGGGGGCACCGUGAUCCACGUCCUACCCUUUGAAGAAGUCCAUGUCAACAUUACUGUUGACUCAAGUGUGUCUGAAAUAGCUGUGAUUGGCCCACCGGGCCUCUUCAUAUCACCAAUGGAAACAGGCAUGAAUUUGCAGAGCUCCAUCACACUGUCCUGGGUCAGAGGUCCUAAUCAGUUUGCCCAUCUGCUGUCCAUUUGUUUUGCUGCAAAUACUCAGAGCCUGCAGUCUCACAUCAGGUGUAUGUGGCUGAAACAAACGCGAACAGACCCUUUGCCGCCAGGAACAGAGUUGAAAUGUAAUGAGCGAGAGCUUCAGAUGUCUCUAGUGCUUCCCACUUCCUUCCUGGAGAAUCUUCAUUUCUCUAACCUCCAGCUAAAUGAUCCAGCCUGCCCUGUGUUUUACAACACAACCCAUGUGACCACCACCUUCUCUCUGACAGGAUGUGGAACCAAGAGAAUGCAUUUAGGUUCAGAAUUGCUGUACACCAACACUUUACGCAGCAUCAAUCCCAACUCCACUAUAAGCCGUGUUGCCACUCUCAUUCUCCCACUCGCCUGCCGGAUUCCUGGCCAACAAGCCAAAGGUCCAAUAUUUAAAAUCUCCAUACCUGAAGAAGUGGAGACGUUUGGUGCAGUGUCCUUCUGGAUUGAGUUCCAUCUUCCCGGAGAGGGCCCUCUGGCUGCCGAGACGCGUGUGCCGCGCAUGCGCAGUUCGCAGCCGGUGCGUGCAGCUCGAGAGAUACGUGCUACGGGCAGGAUGGAGAUGCUGGACCUGCAUGUGUUUUCCAACUGCUCACUGGACCGUGCUGAGCUCAUGGUGGGCCGCUGUGUUGAGUCAGAGACACAAGACUUUGUAAACACACGGCCUUUGCUGAGCCACGGCUGUUCAGCUGGAAAUGGAACCUUGGAGAUCUUGACAUCAACUUCUACUGUUCGGAUUUACCGCUUAUAUCUCGGUUCUCUGGGUGUAAUGGGAGACACUAUGUAUGUUGAGUGUCUAGUGCAGCUUUGUGUUACCACCAAACAAUCCCAGAGAUGUCCUGAUCCAUGUACGGAAACAUCAGACAAGACUAUAGUAAACAGCAUUCUGACCCACAACUACACUGUCCGCUCAGGGCCUGUUCCCCUCAUAAAAGCCACAGAAACCAGCACUACAACUGCUAAACCAACCCCAACUGUGAAACCAGUUGCUCAGCCCUCCACUAACCAGGUCACAACAGCCUCUGCCUCUCACGCUCUAGAUAGAGGUGCAUUCUGGGUAGUUGCUGUGUCAAUGGCUGUGCUGCUUCUUCAGCUCAUGGAAAACUUUGUAGAGCGGUUCAUUGCUGACUAAUCAAAUUCAUCGUAUUUUAACUUCUUUCUUAACAACCAUUACGAUGUUUCUUUAUAUACCCUUUAAUCAUGGAAAAAGCACAUCUGGGCUGUGUUCCACUCCAGUUGUUUUUGCCCUUCACUCGCUAACUUCCCUCCAUCUCGUGGACUCUGAUGUACGUAAUUUACUUUGGAGUUGAUUUAUUAUUUAAACCCCUUUUUUACUUAUGAAUUUGUUUUAUUCAUCAUUCUAUAUGUAUAUACGUUGUUGGAGAAAAUAUAUAAAAUCAUUUAGGUAUAUGAGCUGUUUGAGUAAUUUUAUUUUUCUCCAACACACACACAAAAAAAUCAAUAGUAUAAACUUUGACUGUGAACAUAAGGUAGCUACAAGUAUUAUACAAUUAAAUCUCAACAUAAUAUAUUAUAAACUAUUAUGCAAUUAAUUUUCCAAAUAAUUAAUAUACACUACAGUUAAGCGCGAUCUGCUGUGACAUCACAGUCGAGUUGCAUUGUGGGAAAUAGAGCUGCUUGGAGUGUACAUCUGAGUAGACUUGCUCCCUCGCUCAAAAUCGAGGGGACGAGGGCCUAUCCACAUAAACUUCCCUCGCCCACUUAACAAAGUGGAACUCAUUCAAAAUGGUGGCAGAGAUUCCCCCGAGGGGAAGUGCUUAGGGAAGUUCGUGAGUGUAUGUCUAAAAGCAAAGUGGAACACACCCCUGGUAGGAAAACGUACUUUAUACUUUUACUGUCAUUCACAACUUUUGGGAAAACAUCAAGAAACACAACACCUCUUCCAAUCUUUUAAUUUUGACCACCUGUAAUAACAUCAUGUAAUUUCAUAAAAUGAUACAUUUUAUUAACAAGAAUAAAGAAAUCAGAUGUUCAGUAAAGAA